UGUUUGUCUUAGAAUGUCACAAGAUAGAAUGUGACGAGUCAUGACAGAAGUCCAUAAUGGAACAAUCGCUUCAGCGGUUUAAAACGCCUCUUGCUUUUCUCCGACCGACAUAUGCGCUUUUUCCCGGUGCUCAAGGGAGAAUCGUCUUCUUCAGCAAAAUGUCUGGAACACCUUCCAACACUAGCCCAGGUUCUCGGGGAAAUCAUAGUGAGGAUUCUGCACCGGAUGCUCGGGUAUAUAUCAGGAGAAAAAAAGCCAAGAAAGCAGUGGAAGUUUCUGCCGAAGUUCCUGAGAAAGAAUCUUCUAAUAAAAAAGUUAUCGGGCUUCCUGAUAUCGAGGAUUUUUCUUAUAGAAGUGAGAACGUCCAUGUUCAGUCACGCAGUCCUUUACAUCAAUUACCUCUCUCAAGUGAACACAUGAUUCGGAAGGAAGUUCUGUCCUCAAUAAGCCAAACAGUGCAACCACCUUCCAACUGGGAAAAAGUCCUUGAAGGAAUCCGCAAAAUGAGGUCUUUAGAAAAUGCUCCUGUGGACUCCAUGGGGUGUGAGAAAGCUGGAAGUUCUCUUCCUCCUAAGGUCUGAUGGUCUGCCUUUUUCAUCUCUUCUCCUUACUCGUUUCUUCUGGCUCAAGGAAAGAAGAUUUGCUGUCCUUGCAUCGUCACUUUUGUCCAGCCAAACCAAAGACAACAUUACCCAUGGAGCCAUCCAGCGUCUUCUUCAAAAUUGUUUGCUUACUGCAGAUGCAAUAGACAAAGCUGAUGAAGCCACCAUCAAAAGCCUUAUAUACCCUGUUGGUUUUUAUACGAGAAAGGCUAGCAACUUGAAGAAAAUUGCUAAAAUUUGCCUCUCAAAAUACGAUGGAGACAUCCCCACAACAUUGGAUGAGUUGAUUCUACUGCCAGGGAUUGGUCCUAAGAUGGCUCAUCUUGUUAUGAAUGUCGGAUGGAAUAAUGUUCAAGGGAUAUGUGUAGAUACUCAUGUGCACCGUAUAUGUAAUCGCCUAGGAUGGGUGUCACGCACAGGGACAAAACAGAAAACUAGGACUCCUGAGGAGACUAGGAAGUCCCUGCAGCUAUGGCUUCCAAAGGAAGAAUGGGAUCCAAUCAAUCCUCUUUUGGUUGGAUUUGGGCAGACUGUAUGUACACCUUUGAGGCCCCGCUGUGGAAUAUGCACCAUAAGGGACAUGUGUCCUGCAUUCAAAGAGACACAGGCCCUUUCACCCUCUUCCUGGAGGAAGAGGUCAUAAGACUUGGACAAAUUCUUGCUGGAGAGCUAUGUUUUCAGGCUUCCUUGUGCUGUCAGCAUUAUGGCAUUCCAAGAUGCCCUUUUAGGUGAUGUUUUUUUACAUGCACAUAGUAUAUCGCUAGCCUUUUUGUCCAGACUGCAAAAUCACUAAAUUGGGUGCAAGGGUGAUAUCUCAGAAUCUCAGACCCGCAGUUGGCAUUAAUCAAUUGCAUGUGAUUAUGUGAUGAACAGUUUUGAUAAUUUUGUUGGAAUAUUGAUGGCAUGAUGUACCUAAAAAAAUAUAUGCUUGGUGUUAUAGUAGUAGUUUAUACUCCAUCCGUGCCAUAAAAUUCUUCGCACUUACCACUUUUGGACAAUUUGUGUGGUUUACAUUAAUUUCACCUUUUUCUUACACAACCACAACUAUACAUUUGUCAGCCCCUGUGACAGCAUGAUGUACUUGAAAGUGAAAACAUGCAAGUGACAAUUUUAGUAUCGCCCUAAAAUAGUUUUCUUAGGUUUGUUGUGUGUUUCUACUUGAUUGAAAAAU